GCUCCAGCUCCGAGGACUCCUCGCAGCUUGGUUUCCUGGAUGAAUAGUUAAUGUAAAAAACCACGUGGUAUGAAGGCAGCAGGCUGCAGCUUCUUUUGUUCAAAUCAAUCAAACCGGAGACGGACGCGGAGCUGCUGAAUCAGGAAAUCACCGUUUCUGACAAAAUGCCACGUAAGAAGGUGACGGACAUCUCAGGGAAUGGUGGCGUGAAAAAGAAGAGGACCAGUGGCAAAAGGAAAGAGAGGGACUUCAGCAGCGACGACGAGUUCGACUUUGAGCAGGAGAACAACAAGAAACCUGGGAAGCCUGCAGCCAAGUCUGGUCUCCAGCCCGUCACCGUGGCCGACGACGUCAAGGAGAAAAUAAAACUUGAAUUGCCCAAGGUUAAAGGUCAGCUGCUCAUCUUUGGAGCAACCAACUGGGAUUUGAUUGGAAGAAAGGAGGUGCCAAAACAACAAGCUGCUUUCCGCAACUUGGGCCAGAACCUGUGGGGUCCCCACCGCUACGGCUGUCUGAACGAUGUCCAGGUUAGCUGUGUGGUGUCUGGUCCCUGUGCUGCACACAGUCUCCUCAUGACCACCGAGGGAAAGCUGUGGAGCUGGGGCCGUAACGACAAAGGUCAGCUGGGUCACGGUGACACGAAGCGCCUGGAGGCUCCAAAGUUAAUCGAGGCUUUGGCGGAUCAUGUGAUUGUCGCUGCCGCUUGUGGACGGAAUCACACCAUUGCACUCACAGAGGAUGGAAUUGCUUAUUCCUUCGGUGAGAACAAGCUGGGUCAGCUCGGCCAAGGCAACCAAACUGAUGCAGUCCUGAGCCCAACACCAAUUUCCUACAAUGGCCAGCCCCUGGUCAAGGUGGCCUGUGGUGCUGAAUUCAGCAUGGUGGUGGACUGCAAAGGAAACCUGUACUCCUUUGGCUGCCCAGAGUAUGGACAGCUAGGUCACAACAGUGAUGGGAAGUUCAUUGCUCGCUCUCAGCGCAUUGAGUUCGACUGUGAGCUGAUCCCUCGCCGUGUUGCCAUCUUCAUCGAGAAGUCCAAAGAUGGGCAGGUCAUGCCAGUGCCCAACGUGGUGGUCAGAGACGUGGCCUGUGGGGGGAACCACACGCUGGUGCUGGACUCUCAGAAGCGGGUAUUCAGCUGGGGUUUCGGUGGUUAUGGACGCCUGGGCCACACAGAGCAGAAGGAUGAGAUGGUGCCCCGACUGGUCAAGUUGUUUGACUUUCCAGGACGUGGUGCCGCUCAGAUCUAUACAGGCUACCAGUGUUCCCUUGCUGUCAGUGAGAUGGGAGGACUGUUUUUCUGGGGAGUAACAAAUGUUUCCAGAGAGUCUACCAUGUAUCCCAAAGCUGUGCAGGAUCUGUGCGGCUGGAAGAUCCGGAGUCUGGCGUGUGGGAAAAGCAGCAUUGUUAUAGCUGCAGAUGAGAGCACGAUCAGCUGGGGCCCCUCGCCCACAUUUGGAGAACUGGGAUACGGAGACAACAAACCUAAAUCCUCCACCACCGCCCAGGAGGUUAAGACCUUGGACGGUGUCUACAUUGAGCAGGUGGUGAUGGGCUACUCUCACUCUCUGGUUAUUGCCAGACAGGAUACCGACGAGGACAAGGACAGACUGAAAAAGCUGCCUGAGUACAACCCCCGGACAAUCUGAUCAGACCUGCAGCAGCAGCGGCUCAACCUCUUCCAGUGGAGCAGAGAGCAACUAUGCUCAGCUGGAACACCUGGCUGUCACGCUGCUGUGCUAGUAGGAAGGGUUGAGUUCGGAGGAGGGAGGCGCUACAGGUCCGAAAGAAUCCACAUAUCUCAGCUACCGGGAAAUGGGCUCGACACCGAUGCGUGAAAACGUGACUGAAGGUGGACCAGUCUAUGGGAUAGUCCAGCUCUCAACAGCCCUUCACUUCCAACCUUGAGCGAACCUGCAGCAGUUUGCUCCAAGCACUUCACACCCAGCAGCCGUGCUUCCCAAAACUCUUUUCCACUUUGUAAUACAGCCAAACGUUCGUGUCCAAUGUUCUGUUGUUUUCUUCGUUCACAGUAUUUGAAACGAUAGUCGUCACAUUUACGGGUGCUACAGCUGACCCUCAGUCUUUUCCUACUGAGGGCUUUUCAAAGACCAACACUCCAUACCUGUGCCUUUUUCUACGUGUGUGUUCAGGAUAUGGAAGUUGUUUGUGUUGUUGGAUUUAAUGUUGUCUGAGCAGGUGUGUGCAGUUGCCACCAAUUACAAUCAGGAUUUGGAACUUGAUGUUCUGAUUUAGUGCACUCCACUUGAUGUUACAUUCCUUUUUAUUGUCGUCAGUGUUUGCAUCGAGGAUGCGCACCUCAGUCCUUCAGACCCACAAUGUCUACUAGCGCUUGUCUUUGCUAAUUUGAUUAAUAUUAACUUUUCCUACGCUCAAAGCGGUUUCUUGAAGCAGGUCUGAACUUUUAGAGCCAUUAACAUUUUGGAGAUGGUUUGAAGGUGCGCCCUUGUUUUAAAUACAGCAGUGGUGUUUUUCUGCUACGUGUAUUACUUUUUUUUUUUUUUUUUAAUGGUGAAAUUUUUCUGGGUUAUGCUAUUGUUUUCUCCAUUGGAAUGGUUCAAUAAAGUUUCAUGUAAAUUAAUGAA